AUUCAAUUCAAUCAACUUAAUCAACUUAAUCAACUUUUGAAGAAAAAAAAAUGUUUCGACUAUUGAUUAUUGCCAGUUUGGCUAUUUCCGCACAAUGUGUUCGAUAUGGUGGUGGCGGUCGUAGCUAUGGAGGUGGUGGAUACGGGGGUGGUCGUAGUUAUGGAGGAGGAGGUGGAAGUUACGGUGGCGGUAUCGUAAAUUUAGCCGUAAGAUCUCGUCAUAAUGUACAAUAUUAUGAUGUACCAUCAAGUGGUUCAAUUCAACCAAUUACUGUUGAAAUCGGUGCAAAUCCAAUUCCGGUAACAAUGAUUUUCCGUUCAGCAUCAUCAAAUUUGAAUGUACAAAAUCAACAUGAAGGUCAAGGUGGUUCGUUCCAAGAAUCACAAUCCGAAGAUGAACCACAUAUUUUAAAACAUUUAGUAUUCAAACCAGUAUUACAACAAAUUCAUGAAGUUAUUACACCAAGACGAUUAAUUACACAAGAAAUUAAACCAGUAUUUGAAGAUAUUCAAACAUUGGUUGCAAGAAAUUCACAUGGUGGUAAUGGUGGUGGAUUUAGUCAAAGUAAUUCACUUUUAGGAUCUAUGUUUGGUGGUGGUCGUCGCAGUGGUGGUGGUGGCGGUGGUGGUUAUAGCCGAGGAAAUUCACUUUAUGGUUCAAUGUCUGUAAGCGGUGGCGGUUAUGGUCGAUCAUCCGGAAGAUAUUAAAAUCAAUGACUGAAUCAAUCGAUCCAUCAAUCAAUCGAUCGAUUGUCCAAAUAUUUAUUUAUUCAUCAUUAUUUAUCAUCAUUAUCCCAAAAACAAGAAUCCAGAAUC